UGCACACAGUUGUGAAUUAUCAUUCGUGUUCGAAACUCGCUAAUUUAUUGCAGUAAAUGCUUUUUUAAAAUGAAACGAAGUGUCUAUUUGUUAAUUUUCAUGUUCGUGUCAUGUUAUGGACGAGACACUUUAUCUUAUACAUAUAAUAAUACUAAGUACAAAAUAUACUCACGGCAUUUGCAAUGGAGUGCUGCAUUGGAAUCAUGCGCUUCAAAAGGAUUGGAAUUGUUCUAUCCGAAAAAUCAGAAUGAAUUAAAUGUAGCUAAAAAGCUUAUGAAGGAGAUGGAAUUGAAAUACAUCUUUGUUGGUAUCACUUCUGAAAAUUUUAAUGGCGUAUUUACGACAAUUUACGGAAAAAAUAUGAGCGAUGUUUACGGUAAGUGGGGCACAGGAGAGCCAAAUAACGCAGGAGGACAAGAGGAGUGCGUGGUGCUAAGAGCUGAUGGCACAUACAAUGACGACAAUUGUUCACAUGUAUUUCCAUAUAUUUGCAAAGAACAUGAGUCACAAUUCGAUGUGGUUAACAGCGAUAUUAGUGUUCCAGCAUCGAAAUCGAAGGAAAUAUUUUUUAGAAACGAUUACAAAUAUUUGAAACACAAAGAUAGUUUCUAUAAAGCACAUCCAGUGCCAAUGCAAUGGGAAAGUGCGAGACGGAAAUGUAUUAUGGAAGGUGCAUCGCUUUUUUACCCUGAAGACGAGGACGAAGUUCACGAAGUGACUCGCUAUCUGAACCAGACUCAGCCGUGGUUCCAAUAUAUGUUUGUUGGUAUAUCUACGCGGUUAGCUAGUGGAUUGUACAUGACAGUCGAUGGAGAACCUAUCCGUAACGUGUUUAAUGAGUGGUACAGGAAGGUACCGAGUGGUGCCAAUGGAAGAAAUAGUUGCGUCACAUUGUCGCGCGAAGGUUUCUUGAAUGACAUCAAAUGUUCCGAAGAGCGACCGUUCGUAUGCAAAAAGAAAGCGUCCUCAAUAGAGUGGAGCAAAGAUUGUGACGUUCCUUACAAAGAUUACAUAUACAACGCUGAUACGGGCAGUUGUUACAAAUUUCAUUUGCAACGAUUGAACUGGAGGGAGGCGGUUGAAGCGUGCGACGACGAGCAAGCAAAAUUAGCGAUUAUCAAUACCGUGGAGGAAGCUAAUUAUCUCGUCAACAUAUCAAACAAUACCCCUAAGGAUAUGGUGCGAGGGUGGUACUUGUGUCCCUAUGUACAUUUAGGAUACAAUUAUGAUGCUACUGAAAAUGACUGGAGAACGAUUACAGGGGAAUCCUUGCAGAAAGCGGGAUACUCGGUAUGGGAUGACUAUCAGGUUGACGGUGAAGGAGAGAGAUGUGGCGCCAUGCUCUACAACGGGCGUUUGAAUGACGUCAACUGCGAAAACCUUAAAUGUUUUUUCGUUUGCGAGAUUGAGAAAGGCCAUAAUAUGACUGCAUAUAUAAGAAGAUAAGCGACUGAAACUAAGUUGUGUAAAUUAAUAAUAAUUCUUGAUUGGAAUGUCAAUAGAUAUAGUAAGAUGUAACUUUGAGUACGCAUCUCAUAAAUUAAGCAAUCUGUGAACUUCAUUUGGUAUAAGCGUUUUAUAAAACAUUAAAUAUAUUACGUAAGUAAAAUAUAUA